CUCACCCCUAAUAAAAUCACCAGCGCCUCUGCACACACCCAUCUGCACACGCACGACACGCGCAUCGCACGCCACGCCCACCUGCUCAGACGACUGCACCACUGUCAACAAGCUUUUUCACGAGGUACGACUCCCACUGCAGCCCACCCGACGACCGCUCUCCUCAGCACACCUUCCCUCCCCCUGUGACGUCUGAGACUGGCCUGGCGAGAGCCCACACACCCCCUCCCCUGCCCCUCCACCCUCCGCACGGCGCCCAACCCCGUUCCUCUCUGUCCGGCGUGCCCAACAACUCUGUCGCUGUGCUCUCUGGUUCUCAUCAGCAGACAGACUCCGCGCACACAGACACAUACCCCCACACGCCCAGACAGAUCACCCUGUCUACACCCGCCUUUGCACCACCACCACAACAACCACCAUUCUCGACACAAGGCAAACCCAUCACCAUUUCUGUCAACGCCGCCGACAAGCAUUCCCCACUGCCCAUUGAUCCGACGACCAGCUACAGUCUCCCCUUGGCCCCCCCUUUCCUUGUCACCCUCGGCACCUCGGCCCCUCCUCCGCUUUCACCUACCCCUCUAACCCGCACGCAUGGCCCGCGGCAACAAGUCGCCGACGGCGCCAGCGGGGCGCGGUUCUGAAGCUGCCAACAGCCUGCCGCCGUCUACAAACAACAGUACAGGCCCAUCGACAAGCAAGGCGUCGAGCGGAUCGCCCAGACCAUCGACAACACACAGCGCCCCUGCCGCCCCCGCACGGCCAGCAUCACGCGCACAGUCGUCCGUCAGAUCGGCGUCAUCAUCACCAGCCGAUCCAAUGCCUUCAUCACGUCCCUGGGGCCAGCCCCCAUCCAAGGCUGGUGGGACAGGCGCAUCCACUGCCGCCGCCUCCUCGGCGAUAGGAGAUGCAGCUGACGACGAAACGCGCCGGCGGCACGAAGCUCGCCGUGCCGAGUUGUCUCAACUCUCCCUCGUUGUCUGCCAGCAGCCAGAGCGCGCUCGACUGUGCUCGUUUAAAGAGGAGAAUGAAACUAUUGACCGCAGACCGGUCGACCCGCCUCCCGUUAUUGAGCUAGUAUCCCAAGCGGGAGAUGCCCCUGAGCUUCUGGAAUCGACGACCUUCAUGGUUCGCGCAUCGCUCGUGGCACCAGAGAAGAGUACCGAACAGAUUCAGCCCCACGAGUCACCGUACCCGACUGUAAAGACGCCAACUGGCGCCGACGCCACAGCCGGCGAGACGAUCCAGACGCCCGAGCGUCUUCGUCAUCUCGAUGGCAAGCCAGGAGCUCUGUGCAUUUUUGCAAAGCUCUCUGUCCGCGUGCCAGGCGUCUACCGCCUCAAAUUUACGCUGUACGAGACGGCAAAUGACGGGAUGACAGAAAUCACGCACACCGUGUCAGAGCCAUUCGAGGUCUUCUCGCCAAAGCUCUUCAAGGGAAUGCACGAGAGCACGCCGCUCACGAGACAUCUCGCGACUCAGGGGCUCAAGGUCAAGCUCCGCACAGACUCGACGAGCGGCAAAGGCCCUAGUCGUCGACGCGUCUCGACUGCGUACCAUGGCGCCAACUCUUCCGAGCCGCCACCUGGGGAAGUCAUGUCCACUCCACACUCUGUGCACGGGCAUGGCCACUCAGGUCCUCAGCAUUCCAGGUACUCGCGCGGCCAUCAGCCGCUCUCAACCACGGCACCGUCACGCUCCCUGGUGUGGCAAGCGCACCACGCCGCCGCGUACCCAGAUUACGAUGUUGGGCACCGUCGGUCACCCGCUCCCGAACAAGAAGCUGUACGCAAGGUCCGCCGGCUUGGUCGAGACGACGGCAUGUUCGCACUGACGGAUAUUUCCUCACGCCUGGACUUCUCUUUCACCUCGCCCUUACCCUCAAGUGAUCUUUCGGCAUUUUCGUUAGGUCACUCUCCGGGAAUGCGUGCGUCUGCACGACCGGGGAGUGAUUCCGGCCCUCCACCAUACGGACGCCGAGAAAGGGACGGAAGACGCGAGUACGGUCCAGGUGAUGAUGGCCUGCCUACGUUACCGAUACCGGGGUGGCAGUCGUCCACAUACCGACCUCCGGCAGACUUCGCAUUGCCGCGAUUGCCUCGCAUCGUUCCCAGCCCCGCGCCGCCACCUCGCGAGUCGUCGCCGGGGCCUGGUCCGAUCCGCCACAGCCGUCACGAGCACCCUCACGAACACCACCAUCCUUACGCCCACUCUCAUGCCCACCACCGGAUGCACGACUCGCCACAUUCUCCCCGGCCCGACGAGGUGUACCACGCGCACCACGCGGCGCACCACUCUCGCCCUCACACCCACCCUCACGCGAGCAUGUCCCAGUACAAUGUGCACUCGUCGACGCCCCCCCUUGUCCUCCCUCCUAUUCGCUCUCGCUCGCCCCUUCGUCGCCCCUAUGAGCGCGGGGACAGGCAUGCCUAGCAGGGGGCGGCGACCAGGAGUGUCGCCAACCCAUUCGAAAUGGGCACUUGCGGCUGUUGUCGCCAAGCCACCCGCCAACCCCUCACGACCCUGCGACGCGCAAGCGAUCAACGUUAAUGCCCUCGCCAGGAGUACGCUCUCCUGUCAUGAACCUCCACGCUCUCAUGACCUCCCGCCCGGCCCGCCCGCACCGGGUGCGCCGCGCCUCUUGCUCGUGCCGCCCUUGCUCGGAUGCUAAUGCCCUGCCCUCGUCGCCCGCCUCGCCUCUCGCCUUGCCUCGCUGCACACCGCCAUGAUCCAAAAGUCUGGCCCAAUCCGCAUCCUGACUCUGCCGCUCGUCCCCCGUCUCUAGGUUUGGUCUGUUGGACUCAGCUCUCACAUCUUGGACUUUCUUGCCCCUGUCCCUCGUUUCGAUUGGUGUCGGUGUGUGAAUGGACAAACGGCUCGGCCGUCGUUUGACGGUUGGUUAAACAAGCAAGCCGCCACCAAAGCUCUGCAUCGAGCUUUCAACCCAGCGCCGUGAGCCUGCCUCAAGGGCCUGUGUUCUUUUUGUCUCUUCUCCAAUUUGCUGUAAUAGUAUUCCGCCUCAAUGCAUAGCCACCAACAUAGAGAGAUUAAUAGUAUGAACCGUGUAGCGCUGCCCCCUCCAAGACCAAGCAAGCCCUAGCCCUAGCCCUAGUCGUCCUUCUUUGGAGCCGCCAGCUCGUCGCGCUUGCGGGUCCAAGUCGCAGCGUCGACGGCGAGCCAGUGGCCCGACUGUUUCAGCAGGCCAAGGGGACCGUCUACACGCCAUCCGGCACUCUCGGACGCAGGGACGGGCGAGAAGCCGAGCUUGGUCCAGAACUUGUCUCCGCCGGGAGUGAAAGGGGACGUGAGGACGACGACGCGGGUGAUGGCCCCUGCCUUUGCGGCGGGGCUUCCGUCGAGGCCGGCGAUACCGAACGCGUGGUCGAGCGCCGUGGCAACGAGCUCGGUCGCAACGCCCUUACGGCGGACGGGGGAGUCGAUAUCAAGGUGACGAAUUUCCGCGAGACCAGCCGCUGCUCCUCCCUCGUCCUUCUUGUCCUUCUUGCCGCGCUGGCGGAGCACGUUCUUGUCCUGGGAGACCUCGCCCUCCUCGGCGCCGAGCACGGUAGGCACGACAGCGGUGGGGUGGCGGGCGUCGAGCGCGAGCUCGCCGCGCACCUCGCCCUUGUGCUCGAACACGUAGAAGCGCGACGGGGACGUGUAGUAGCUCUCUGCCUGCACGAGGUCGCGCGCGCCGAUCACGCCGCGCAGGCGGCCCGUGAACGGCCCGCGGUGCAGCCACUCGACAAUGCCGAGCACGGGCAGCGCGACCAUCGCAAAGCCGAUCACGGGCGCCAUUGACGAGCCGGGGAUGUCCGGGUCGGGCAGGUAGCCGACCUUGUAGUCGAUGAUGGCGGCGAGGGCGACCACGGCCGCGAGGGUCACGGGGUGGAGGUAGACCCGGUUGUUGGCCUUGGCCAUGCCCUCCAUGAAGCCCUGCCCGAUGAUCUGGUUGAGGAUCGAGCGGUCCUUGUUGUACAGGCGGAUCACGCCGUCUGGUGCGUCGGCGGCGGCGGCAGGGGCCGGGGCGGCGACGGUCGACAUGGCUGAGGCGGUGUGACGGAGGCGAUGACGGAGGUGACGGGCGACAAUGAGAAGACUAUGAGCGCGCUGUGGUCGUG